ACAAAGAGCUGCAUUAGUUCUCACUAAACGGAACAAAAAUAACAUUGUGUUCCUAAAUGGGAGCUUGUGAACAAUGAGAAACCAGGCAGGCUCCAGUCGCUGAGACUCACUGCUCUGUUUUCUUGCCCUGUCUCUCUUCCUGUUUCAGGGCUGUUCUACUUCCCUCUCCCACCACUGCCCCCUUCUCCUCCUCCUCCUCCUCUUCUUACUCCUCCCCCUUCUCUUUUUGCUGCUGCUAUACCUUUGGCUGUGUUUGGGCUAUGGUGCUGACACAAACAGAGGAAGAUAUCAUCAUCAACAUCAUCCAGAUGUGGCGCUCUGGUUGCAUAGGGGGCUAAGGCUGCGAACACCAGCAUGGGAGCUAAACAGAUGAAAUGUCUUAGCUCUGCCAGCCCUGCUCAUUCUCCUAAAGACGAGUGCCCCAUCACUCAGUCCACUGACACCAGUAAAGAAGAAGCAGUGCAUGAUGAGACUAAGGACCACAGGGAAUCUCAGGAAGACAAAUCAGAGCUGACACAGAGGAAAUCUGUCACAGAUGAGGUGCCAUUCUGCGGACUGUGUCCGUCCCUCGGGCAAAUUAAUGAGGAAGAGGAGGAGCCAAAGUCCUGGGAGGAGCAGCUUGAUGUUCACCAGGAGCAACUGGAGAAAGAGAUGCAGGAGGCCAGGAGGAUGGUGUUCCGACUACAGGCUCUCCUGCUGCACGGCUCCCUCCCUGAGGAGGACCAGGACAGAUCUGUGAGCUUUGGGGAUGGCAGAGCUAACCCUGAACAACAGCUGGUUCUAAUCCGCAGUAGGUUGGACCAAAGCACAGAGGAAGCCCUUGAUCUCAAGAGGGAGCUUCUAAGACACAAACAGGAGGCACGCCAGAUUCAAGCCAUCAAGGAUGCUCUGCAGAGGCGUCUGGCAGUGCAGGAGGACGCUGUAUUGCAGCUAAAGCAGGAGCUUCUCCGAUGCAGCAUGGCCAAAGAACAGCUGGAGGGGGAAAAUGCAGAGCUUCACCACAAGUUGGAAGAACAGCACAAAUUACUGAGUGAAUAUGAGCAGCGUGGGAGGAAGGAGCGAAUGCAACAGCAGCAGCAACCAAAACUUGAUGAGGGGCAACAUAAGGCACAUGAACUCAGCCUUGCACGGGGUGAGGAGCUUCAACUGGUCAGGGAAGCACUCCGCAGUUUAAGGGAUGGUUUUUCAGGCCACGACCCUCAACACCACACCCUGGACACUCUAGAGCAGGGUGUGUCCAGUCUUGUGGACCGGUUACACACUCUCGAAACACAACGCAGACAGGACAGAGGGGAGGAAUUUAAAUCACCGGGUCGCAGAGCAGACUCGACAGACCGCGACUCCUGGCCACCAAGCUCAAAAAUGGCGCACUCACACAGCAGCCCAGGUUUAGACACAACUGUCUCAACAAAAGUCCUUUACUUCACCGAUCGCUCUCUUACUCCUUUUCUGAUUAACAUCCCCAAAAGGCUGGGUGAAGUGACGCUACGAGACUUUAAGGCGGCUGUAGACAGACAAGGCAGUUUUAGGUACCACUUCAAGGCCCUUGAUCCAGAGUUUGGUACAGUAAAAGAAGAGGUUUUCCAUGACGGAGCAGUGGUACCUGGCUGGGAGGGUAAGAUCGUAGCAUGGGUGGAGGAAGACCAUGGAGAGAGGAGGUAAUGACAAAGAAACUUCCACCAGGAGCCUCUGUUGUUCUCACUGGACCAGGAUCCUACUGAGGAAACACGUAUAACCAUAAUGGAUUGUACUGAUAAUAUCAUGUGACAUAGCUCUAUGAUGUGAUAAGUGAAGCCGGGGGGGAGCGAUUGAAACAGCAGUUAGCCACCUGCUGAUUUUAAAAGUGCCUGUGAAUGAUGGUCUAAGUCAAUGGGAAAAGUGUGCGAAGAUGAGAAUGUAAAACAACCAGAACACCUGAGUUGAACUGAAGGAAACAAGGCACAAAAACAGACAAAAACGGAUGUAAACUAAAUUGCACUAAUACAUAUUGAGCCAAUGGACAUGAUCAAAGUGGAAAAGAAAUUCUAAAUCAACCAAAACAGUUAUAAAUGUGAAAUUCUAAUAAGCUCAUUAAAAGCCAAUAACUCAAUAGAUUUGAGCAAGUAAACAUUCUGUAGUCGAGGCCAAAUGUCCCCAGACCAAUGCUACGUGACUGCUACCAGGUUGCACAAAAGAAAGUUAUCAUUGUGAAUAAUGUCUAUUGUGCCUCAAGGCACAGGUUUGGGUGAGUCUAUUAAAAAAAGAAAUGCCUCUAAGAAAACAGCAGAGGAGACUUUCAGAAAAGUAGUUAAAGAAGUUCUCACUGGUGGUUCUUACGUCCCAAGAUCACCCCGCAUAAAACCAGGCACCCGCUGAUUCAUUGAUGGAGUGAGUUGUAUUUGUACACACUUUAUCUAUGCUUUCAUGUCAUCUAACUGUUUUAUUUCAUCAGGUUUAUCAGCAGACCAUAAAAAUGUAAAAAUACUAUCUGACAUGAACCAGUCUGUGGUGCCAAACAGGAUGAGUACAUCUCAAAUAGAUGACCUAAAAACAACAGUAUUUAAAACACACACACACAACGUUGAUUCUACAGCACUGUACCUCCAACCCUGCAGCAGAUGAGCUACAGCAGCUAAAGACCCAGCAGGUGUCACUCUUUCUACUUCUACUGUGUCAUCUUAAAUUAUUUACAUAAUUAAGACUUUUAAGUAUUUAAAAGAAAACAAGGUAUUAAAAUGGCACUAAAACUUUUUAAAUGGGAAUAUACAAGUCCUAUGAAUGUUUAUAGCACACACUGAGAAAAUAAAGAUUUAACAAAAGAUUCCCUCUGAAUGUCAUGAAUGGGUCUUGACAAGUCAUAAUUUCACUAUGGGCUGCAGAAGUUUGCAAAAUGAAGAAGAAAAUAUCCAGAACAAAAACACAUGUAAAAUACAAGCUUGUGUUGAGGAAAUUUUUGUGAACUAGUAAAAAAUACACAUUUUUAAAUGAUGAAAAUGGAAUCCAUUGACACCAGAAGAACCCUUUUAUAUACAGUCUGUGCAAAUGCCAAAGGAAUUAUUUGUUCCAUUACAUCACUGGGGACCAAUGAUAUGGCACUUCAGUCUGAAAACAGUGUUUAAACUUUUCAUGUUUUAUAGGAAAAAAAAAUGGACAUGAAUGUCAACUUUUGUUGGUUAUUUGCAUAUUCAAUGUUUAGCAAAUACAUCGAUACAGGGAUCUACCAAAAACUAGCCAGAAUUACUACAGUGAUUUUCAUUUUUAAUUUGCCUUUAUAAAAUGCAUAAUAAAAAAACUGCUUCUCUGGGAGUGUGCAAACAUGUAAAACUUCAAUGUAUCAAGGUAUUGGAUGGCAUUUUUAACUGGCCAAACACGGGCAUUGUUCUAAUAAAGGUGAUUUACUGCAUGAUUCA